AAAAACAGUUGACAGCACUGAUCUGAAGUGUAGGUGAUAUCAUCACUAUUUAUUUGUAUAUUUGCGCAGACGGUAAUUCCUCCAAUCAAAUCAUCUGAAAAUAUUCAUAACUGCAUUAAGUGUGAUGGCUGACCCGAAGUUUCAAUUUUUGCCGUAUAUCGCUCACGAUCAACCGGAUGUUUACGAGACACCAGAUGUCCCAGAGACAGAAACAUCCGAUUUUUACGAGGAAGAGCCAUCGAAUGAAAGUAUUGAACGCUUGCAUAUUUCUACAAAGGAUUCUUACAAUAAAUUUAAAGGAAAAUACCUCACAGGAGAUGUUGACUUCAGCGAUAGAAUUGGAAAACGAUUUCGCAUCGGGUAUGAUGCACGUAGUGGAGAGUGGGAUCUAGCUGGUGAGGGUGAAAAAGAAUCUCCCAUUCAAAAAUGCCUUCGUUUGCAAUGUGAAAUGAAUGAUUUAAUGGAUGAAAUCGCUACAUCACAAGCGGAUGCUAGUAAAAGUAAGGAAGAGAAAGCUUCUUAUGAAGUGGUUUUUGAGGUUGUUGGCACUGCAAAAAAGGUGCUUGAAAGUUUGAAACUAGAACAAGCGACUGGAAAUGAAUCUGUCAAUGCAGCAGCGGAUAGCGAGGCAAAAAAUCUGUUGAAAAAAAUUGAAGAAUAUAAAAAGUCUGGUGGUGGUGAUACUGGUAAGACAUUAACCGAACUAGCUUAUAGUUCCCGAAUCGCUGAGCUGGAACUUCGUCUUCACCAGCUAGAAGUAGCAGUUGGAUCAAAACCUGAGAAAAUAAGCCGCUUAGCUGCCUCGACCGGUGCUGGUAAUUUGAUAGAAGCCGUGCAAUCAAUCUCAGCAAAAGCAGCGUUGUUGCAGCCGCAGCAAUUGGAUUUGAUUGAUGCUCGAUUGGCUAAUUUGAAUAAGAAUAUGGAUAUUAUACUAGAGAAAUCAUCUUUGACCGGACAAGACGUUAACAGGGAGCAAAAGAUACUCGAGUUAUAUGAAAUUGCGAAGACUACGGAACCAAUCGUGCAAAUUUUGCCUGAUAUGUUGAAUCGCAUGCAAACGCUAGAGACAUUGCAUAAAUAUGCAACUAACUUCGGAAAGCUAUUUGCUGAAUUGGAGACUACACAAUCCAGUAUCUUGAACGGAAUUGCGGGAAAUAAGUCAUUACUCACUGGAGUGCAAGAAGCAUUUGCACAAAAUCUCGAAAAUGUCAAUAGCGAGGUGAAGAAACUAGAACAACGUAUGAAAACUAUACAAGAAAAAGCAAAAUAAAACUUAACAAACUAGUAAACCAUUCCUUGUAACUCGACUAGUAAAAACAAUAAAGCUUUCUUAGUGUA